UGGCGUUCAUCCCGCGUUGAGCCAACAUCCAGACGUUCGGUCCAAAUGUGGAGGCCCGCGGUACCACCCCUUUCGCAACUAGCAGCCUUACAGCCUUGAAGACAACCUCACACAACUCCGCGAGGCGCACAAACGUUGCCCGGUCUUGAGGACAUCAUGUCGGCCGCGAUCCCUAAAGCUAGGAAACUCAGCUCUUUCGUGAAGUGCGGUCGCUGCCGCCAGGAUAGACAAAAGUGCGAACGACCGGAAGAAUCGCAGAAAUGUCUCCGAUGCGCAAAAUACAAGCAUCAUUGUGAUGCAGGCCGACCCUCAAAUCGCGCACAACGUAGCCAGAGAUUGCCUGCUCGUGUGCGCGCGCCGCGAGCGACCGUGGCGUCAAGUACCACGCAAUCCGAAGCUGACCCAGGUACCUGCCAAGAGCCAUUUGAUCUGAAAACCGAAGAGUCAUCUUCCUCCCGAACCUCCAGGUCUGCUUCUGCCGAACAGCCCACUGCAUUGUUGGCAUCCACUGCACAUGAAGACUUACAGCUGGCAUACUUCGAGAAUGCCCAUCGAUAUGCAGGCCGUCACGACUCGGCCUACUCUCCACAGUGGGCUUCCAGUUCGACAAGUUUCGAUAACUCACCCUCUUCCUCUGAAUACGAUGCCACCAAUGGCUGGAGCGAGACCGAGUGGUUGCAGCGAGCGUUCGACAAUCCGAACACUUCACAGGGCGUUGAGUCGGUUUCGCCCCAUUCUCGACACAUUACCCCGCCUGCUGCUUUCCCGAUCGCCGAAAUCCAUAUGCUAACUGGACUCACUAACUUCCGGCCUUCUCGUCAUCGCGCAGUAACCCCGUUUGAAGAGCGAUUAGAUAAUCGUGUCGAUCGGCUAUGGGGCAACUACAAGACGUUCGCUUCUGCCAGUUCGAAGGGACUCGGCGUUACUUCUCUAUUUGGCCGAACUUUGUCAGAGCUAUUUCGCCAGUCUAGGCAGAUGGCAGAGAAUGGAGAUGAUCUUGUUGCAGACGUCCGCCACGCAUGCGGUGCUGCUGAUGCGUGCAUGAACAGAAAACUCUCUGAGAAGACACGGGCGCAAUACCUAGAGGCUUAUCAUCAUUACGACGCGCAGGCGAACGUCAAAUUCCGGCAAGCUGUCGAAGUGUUUGCGAGGAAGAUAGAGGAAGAUGAGAGUCCGGACGUGCUGCCGCUUUACACCGCCGCGUUUUUGUACUAUGCUGCAGGAUCCUGCAUGAGAGGUGCCGAUGAUCUUGUCAAAGCCACCUUUGCUUUCAAGUAUUUCAACCAGUACACCGCCGGGUUCCCUAUAAAGAUCAAGGUUUUGCCUGCCGUUAAUGGUACUUGGGCUACGGAUAUGCUGCUAGCAAAUAAUAGCCAAGACCCAGGGAUGAGGAUAAACACACUCGCCUUUGCUCUGGGCAAAGCGAGACUGGAGUUCGACCGGAAGGAAGGGCUGUGCUAAAAUAAGAGAAUGCGAGUCCACAAGUAAGCCAAGGUCCAUGUUCGUGGUGAGAAACGGCUACGGAUACUACGCAAGUCAGCAGAUCAAGAUCUUCUGGUUGGCUGUCAGAGUCGAGAAGACUGAAGGAUAGACAUCGGAAGUUGGGAGGCCUAGAGCCGCACUUAAAGCGAGUCGUUACCGUCCGGGCUCAGCUUCGCUGUUAUUGGCUCUUCGCUGUUCGCUGUUCAGCCUCACCACGGCUAAAGUGGACACGAGUGAGUUUGUGGCAGGCGAUACAUGGAUUAUUGGACUCGUAUCUAAUUCUGAACAGUCUAAACCCACUAUGGCAUACUUAGCUGACCACAGCGGUGAGAAAUCACCUGGCCUUCGCAUCCCCUUGAUGACCAAGCGUUUUUGUAACCACAAUGUUGAUGCACUGAACAACGA